AUGGCAAACGCCGGUCUUUACGAAUGCGCAAGUCCUACGAAACGAAAGAGAAGUAGUAGUCCGAACGCUCCGAUACCCAUCUUAACAAACACUCCAUCGACGACGACGACGACGACUACCACAACAUCUCAAGAAGUAAAACGGAGGAAGCGCGAAAUGUCGGAGCAAGGCUGUCGGUCGCCUUCGUCGGCUGAAGAUGUUGUAAUGACGGAUAAUCAAGAACAGGCCGUCGAUCUAGGUUUGGUUCGAGAAACAAUCGAAUCUCAACUCAGCCUCGAGAUUCUCAUGAAGCAUAACGAGUUGCGCCUAAUCGAAACAGAACUAGCAAAAUGUCAAGUCUCUCUGGAACAGUUACGUCGCGCUCACUUGAUACCAUUCCCAGGCAUACAAGGAGCGGAAGCGGAAGCUUCUUCCGAGUCGAUGGUUAACGUUAGUACUGGUACGGGUCCAGCAGUCUGGAGUGGCGACAAAGUUCCCAAAUGGGCUCCGCCGUAUGGAAUUACCGAAGGACCCUACACAAGACAUUGGGCAAAAUGGUUAAUUCCCGACCCUGCUUUUGAUGGUAUUGAUAUUGUUGAUUCACGUGCAGGUCCGGGGAGGCCACGCGCUGGCAAGUCGAUACCAGAAGGAAGAGCUACUAGAAAUAGUAUCGCUGAAGGAGGUAAUGUCUCAUCUAAAUCGAGAUCUCGUGGAUCUCACAGUUUGCAAUCUCUUUCCACCGGUCAUAUUCAACCAAAGAAGUCUGGACCAUGUAUUCUCAAGCGGAGUGAUGGUAAAACUGUGAAGCUUGUCUGCUUGGAUUGCAAUCGCGAAGAUUUCUCCAGUACUCAAGGUUUUAUCAAUCAUUGUCGCAUUGCUCAUCGUCGUGAAUUCAAGAGUCAUGAAGAAGCUGCUCAGACUAGCGGACAUGUUAUCGAAGUCGAUGAAGCUGGUGCAGCUCCUGUUUUGGAGAAGAGUCCAAGUGCACCACCAACUAGAGAUCCUGUUCAUCCUCUCGUUAAAAGUGCGCCUGUCGAUAAAGAAGCCUAUACUGCUCUUCGGUCUCGCAUCGAAGAUUCUAUGAAUCUAUAUCUCCAAGGCAGGCUCCCUGGUGUGACUUCGAUUCCUGGAAGUGCAACGUCAUCACCACAAAAGCAACCCGUUGUGAAACCCAAAGUGCAACCUCCAAGGGAAAAUUUCAAACCAUCAACCGCCACACCUCAUCUUUCCGAGUUACUGAAAAGCAGAGGCUUUGGUGGUGAUCUUGAUGAAAUCGUUGGUGAUGCGAAAACACGUAUUGAUAUGGAUGAACUUUUAGCAUCUGAGGAGGAAUCUUCUGAUGAUGAAGUGACUGAAGAAUCAACUGCUGCUAUACCUUCACGCCGUCCUGGUGGCUUUGAUGGUUCAGUAGAUACACCAAUGACUGGUAUGCGUAUCCCAGCUCGGGCUACCAUGUCACCAGCAUAUUUUGGUAGACCUACAAGCAGCAAAGGUAUGGAGGCUUCCGGGAGACCUGGACAAGCUCAUAUCUCGCCUCGUCUAACUUUCGCUACCCUCAAUACUUCUAUGCCUGUAUCGGAAACCAGAAAUAACCGCCCGCAGCCUAUCAAUACUCGAGAUCACGAUCAUGAUGGAGAUACUGAUAUGGGCAUCCCCGAUACAUCUUCCAUCAUUGACCUAAGUCCAAACACGGUUGUUAGUAACAACGCUCCAAGUCUUGUUAGUGAUGAUGGUGAAUACGACGAAGGUGAUGAUGAUGCAGAGAGUGUAUCAUCAGGAGAUGCUGACGAGGGUAGUGAUGUCGCCGAAAUCGAUAUCGAGGAUGGAGACACCGAGAAAGUCGUCAGAGGAGCGGUGUUAGGGAGGAGUCAGGAUCGCACCAAGAAAGAUGAUAAACAUGUUACGUUCGUGAGAGAGGUUCCUGACGCCAAUGGAACAAAUAAGAAAGUGAGGCCGAGACAAGGAUAG